AUGAGGACACUGAAAUAUGUAGCUGUAAAAAGAGGAGGAUCUGUCACUAUUCCAUGUCUUUAUGAUGAGAAGAACAAAGCAAACAGUAAAUUCUGGUGCAAAGGGUACCAUUGGGCUACCUGCAGUAUCGUAGCCUAUGCAAACUCAAAUGGAAAUCCAUCAGUCAUUGAUCAUCCAGAGCAGAAUUUGUUCACAGUGGAACUGAACUCUGUCUCUGAGUCUGGAACGAGUUGGUGUGCAGCAGAAAUUGGGGAUAAAUGGCAGCCAGAUGAUUGUGAUUAUUGAUACCUGACAGUUAGUCAAGAUCCUGAUCUGUCAGUGAGGGAGAGCGGAGUGAGAGGUGAGGAAGGAGGCAGCGUCACAGUCCAGUGUCUCUACAGUGCUGCGUAUCAGUAUACACAGAAGCAGUGGUGCAAAUUUAAAGAUGAACAAUGCAACACAGUGAGGACUGAAACAUUCCAGAUUUCCACAGUGUACAUCAGUGAUGAUGGGAGAGGAACCAUCAGUGUGAGGAUGAGUGGACUGAAGAAGAGUGAUGCUGGAUGGUACUGGUGCAGUGCAGGAGAUCUGCAGGUUCCUGUUCACAUCAGUGUCAGUGAUCCACCUCCAGAGGUAGAGAGCAUGAGGACACUCACUAAUGUAGCUGUAAAAAGAGGAGGAUCUGUCACUAUUCCAUGUCUUUAUGAUGAGAAGUACAAAGCAAACUAUAAAUACUGGUGCAAAGGGGACUAUUGGCCUACCUGCAGUAUCGUAGCCUCUGCAAACUCAAGUGGAAAUCCAUCAGUCAUUGAUCAUCCAGAGCAGAAUUUGCUAACGGUGGAAUUGAACUCUGUCUCUGAGUCUGGAACGGGUUGGUGUGCUGCAAAAAUUGGGCAUAAAUGGCAGCCGGAUGACCGUGAUUAUUUGUACCUGACAGUUAGUCAAGAUCCUGAUCUGUCAGUGAGGGAGAGCAGAGUGAGAGGUGAGGAAGGAGGCAGCGUCACAGUCCAGUGUCUCUACAGUGCUGCAUAUCAGAAUACACAGAAGCAGUGGUGCAGAUUUAAAGAUGGACAAUGCAACACAGUGGGGACUGAAACAUCCCAGACUCUAGCAGUGUACAUCAGUGAUGAUGGGAGAGGAACCUUCAAUGUGAGGAUGAGUGGACUGAAGAAGAGUGAUGCUGGAUGGUACUGGUGCAGUGCAGGAGAUCUGCAGGUUCCUGUUCACAUCAGUGUCGGUAGUGAAGCUCCAGAUAUGAUCACAAUGACCGGAUGCAUGUUCAUGUCUCGUCUCUUUAUUGUUCUGUGUAACCUGAGAGCCAGAGAUGUUCUGUAUCGCAGACAACUGAAGGACGUGAUCUUGCGCACACCGUGUGAUGAGCAGGAAGACGAACGGCUUGAGCCGCUACAGACACAGUACCAACUUCACAGAGAAGCAGGACUUGUUGUCGUUCAGUCACAGAGGUACUUUAGUCUUAAACCUGGAUCAUCCUUCACCAUCCCAUGUCAUUAUAAUAGUGAAUAUAAACAAUAUAAGAAAUACUGGUGCUAUGGUAGAUAUUUCUUAACUUGCGAAAUUCAGGCGUAUACCUAUCAUGGAAAUUGGAAAGUUAAAGUUAUUGAUUACCGAGCUGAGAGUUUCUUUAUUGUGACUCUGGAUCAUCACCAGACAACAGACACUGGAUGGUACUGGUGUGGUGUAGAGAUAGACGGAUCAUCAGAUGGUAGCGAAGCUCUUUACAUCACAGUGAAAUCAGAUCCUGAUCUGUCAGUGAGGGAGAGCAGAGUGAGAGGUGAGGAAGGAGGCACAGUCACAGUCCAGUGUCUCUACAGUGCUGAGUAUCAGAAUACACAGAAGCAGUGGUGCAGAUUCAAAGAUGAACAAUGCUACAUUCAAAGAUUCUGGUAUUCUGCAGUGCAGCUCAGGGAUGAUGGUAAAAGAUCCUUCAGUGUGAGGAUGAGUGAACUGAAGAAGAGUGAUGCUGGAUGGUACUGGUGCAGUGCAGGAGAUCUGCAGGUUCCUGUUCACAUCAGUGUCAGUGAUCCACCUCCAGUGUUUGUGAAUUUUGUCCCAAGCAGUGAUGAAACCACGUAAGUGCUAAAACACCUUUAUUCUCUC